CUGCAUCAAGCGAUAAUAAUGAACUCAAUCAUAUUAAUAUAUUAAUAAAUAUUUGGAAACUUGAAUCAACCAUCGAUGAUUUAGAAUUUGAACAAGAUCUUUUAGAUAAUAAAGUAACAAUAAUUCCUUUUCAACGUAGAGAAGCAUCAAGACUUGUAGCUCAUUUAGCAAACAAAGAUGAUGUGAUGUGA